CGGCUUCGUUUGUGCCGCCACAUUUUACGACGGCGAAUUCUCAAUCCAGUUUUUUUUUGGGUAUUCCGACGGGGAAGUCCGUAAUUGGAAUUUCCUCGGGUAAAUUUUGUUAGGUGUUGUAGAAUUAGGGAAGAAAACAGAUUCUUUCCCUUUCAACCAAUCGGAAUUUAUUGAAAUUCCGGCGAAAUCAGCAGAUUUUAUUGUGGUCAAAGCGGUAGGGAGGGAGAAGAGAUUAAUAAGAAGAUGACAUUGACGAUCCAAACCGCACCUGGGAGCUCCGGGUACUUGGAUAUGUUCCCGGAGAGAAGGAUGUCAUAUUUUGGGAAUUCUUAUAUUCUGGGUUUGACUGUAACUGCUGGAAUCGGUGGCCUUCUCUUUGGUUAUGACACAGGUGUAAUCUCCGGUGCCCUUUUGUACAUUAAGGAUGAUUUCGAAGUUGUUAAGCAGAGCAGUUUCUUACAGGAAACUAUUGUAAGUAUGGCUUUAGUUGGUGCCAUGAUCGGUGCUGCGGCAGGAGGUUGGAUCAAUGACUACUACGGUCGCAAAAAGGCUACUAUGUUUGCUGAUGUUGUCUUUGCUGCUGGAGCAAUCGUUAUGGCUGCUGCUCCUGAUCCGUAUGUUUUGAUUUCCGGUCGUCUCUUGGUUGGUUUGGGAGUUGGUGUUGCUUCUGUGACUGCGCCGGUUUAUAUAGCGGAAGCAUCUCCAUCAGAAGUCAGAGGUGGACUUGUGAGCACCAAUGUAUUGAUGAUCACCGGUGGACAGUUUCUUUCAUACCUAGUUAAUUCUGCUUUCACUCAGGUUCCAGGAACAUGGAGAUGGAUGCUUGGUGUUUCAGGCGUUCCCGCUGUUAUUCAGUUUGUCCUCAUGCUUUUCAUGCCAGAAUCCCCUCGAUGGCUUUUCAUGAAGAAUCGUAAGGAGGAAGCCAUCCAAGUGCUCACUAAGAUGUAUGCCAUCUCUCGGUUAGAAGAUGAGAUUGAUCAUCUUUCAGCGGCUGAAGAGGAAGAAAAACAAAGGAACCGCACCGUUGGUUACUUGGAUGUUUUUAGAUCCAAAGAAUUGAGACUCGCAUUUCUCGCCGGAGCAGGACUUCAGGCUUUCCAACAGUUCACAGGCAUCAAUACUGUAAUGUACUACAGCCCUACAAUAGUCCAAAUGGCUGGAUUUCACUCGAACCAGCUUGCUUUGUUCCUCUCUCUCAUCGUUGCUGCUAUGAACGCUGCUGGAACAGUCGUAGGGAUUUACUUCAUCGAUCAUUGUGGAAGGAAAAAGCUUGCUCUCUCAAGUUUAUUUGGCGUCAUUAUAUCUCUCGUAAUCCUCUCUGUCUCGUUCUUUAAACAAUCUGAUGCAGCAACUGAUGGCGGGCUUUACGGUUGGCUCGCUGUACUUGGUUUAGCUCUAUACAUUGCUUUCUUUGCACCGGGAAUGGGACCGGUACCAUGGACAGUGAACUCAGAGAUAUACCCACAACAAUACCGAGGCAUAUGUGGAGGCAUGUCAGCUACAGUUAACUGGAUCAGCAAUUUGAUUGUGGCACAAACAUUCCUGUCAGUCGCGGAAGCUGCUGGGACAGGAAUGACGUUCUUGAUUUUGGCGGGAAUCGCGGUUCUUGCUGUAAUCUUUGUGAUUGUGUUUGUCCCUGAGACUCAAGGGCUAACGUUUUCGGAAGUUGAACAGAUUUGGAAAGAAAGAGCUUAUGGAAAUGUCAGCGGUUGGGGCAGUAGCAGUGAUAGCAACGACAUGGACGGGUUACUCGAGCAGGAAUCUCAUCCAUAAGGAACUUGGUUCUUGGAUGGGUCAUGACUAUACAUUUGUGAAAUCACAUAGUAGUAAACGGGGAAUUGGUUCCGGUUUAGUUAUGUGAUAUGUAUGUGAUGUUGUUUUUAGGAACUCUGUUUUGUAAAUACAUACAUUUUAGGGUCCACUUUGGUACCCAAUCUUUUUCAAUGUCUUACGAUCUAGAGAUUUAUUGUCUGCAAA